ACCCUUCCUUAAUUUAGGGAAGGAUAAAAGAAGGCAAGGGAAACUCUCACUGUCGUCUGCAUUGCAAAUUGCAAUAGUAGCAGCGGAGGAACAAAAAGAAGAUAAUAGAGGAGCAUUCAUUACCUACUUACUACUUACUACUUGGUAGUAGUAGUAAUAGUGGGAAGAAGAGAGGAGAGAGCGAGAGAGAGAGAGGGGCAUGGGAAUGGGAGGAGCAGGAGGAGGAGCAUCGUCAAAAUCUAAACUGAGAAAUGCAGCGAAGAAAAUGGUGGUGGCAGCUGCAAAUGCUUGUGGUUCCUUCUCCCGGAGAAAGGCUCUUUUGGAUCCCAUCGUCUUCGAUCAUACCAACACCACAGCCACUGCCUCUAUCUCAGGUUCUUCAGCGGUGUCUCCCACAAGCCCAAAGAAUAUCUCAGGAGAAGAAGUUGCAAAGGAAACGGAAUUUACGAUCAAGAGUAACAAUAUGCCUUCAACUUCAACUAAGAAUUUGUGCGCAAUAUGUCUAGACCCUCUGAGUUACCAUAGCAAGAGCAGCACCCCAGGUCUUGCUAUAUUCACGGCCCAGUGCUCCCAUGCUUUCCACUUUGCCUGCAUCUCCUCCAAUGUCCGCCAUGGUAGUGUUACCUGCCCCAUCUGCCGUGCCCAUUGGACUCAGCUGCCUCGCAAUCUGAACCCACCUGGGGGUUCCCUCUCGUCUUGCAACCGACCUGACCCCAUCCUCCAAAUCCUUGAUGACUCUAUUGCCACUUUCCGUAUCCACAGGCGCUCCUUCUUGCGCUCUGCUCACUAUGAUGAUGAUGACCCAAUUGAGCCUGAUCAUAUGCCUAAUUGGCCUCGUCUCCAACUCUCUCUAAUACCCAUCCCACCUAGUGCACCCCCUAGCUGGUGCACCCCAUACCCGUACCAUCCGUCCCCACAUCACCAAAGCUGUAGCUCCUCAUCAUUGUUACAAUCACCAACCAGGCCAAAGCCUUUUACUCUCUGUGCCUUUUCAGAUAGGGCAUAUCUUUCUGUGAAAUUAGCACAUCAACGAGCAACAGACUUGGUCUUGGUUGCUAGCCCCAAUGGGCCACACUUGAGGCUUCUCAAACAGUGCAUGGCACUGGUGGUUUUCUCUCUUAGACCUAUUGACCGUUUGGCCAUUGUUACCUACUCAUCAGCUGCUGCCCGUCUCUUCCCUUUGAGACGCAUGACAUCUUAUGGGAAGCGAACGGCCCAACAGGUUAUUGACCGUCUGUUCUAUAUGGGGCAAGCAGAUCCAGUAGAAGGGAUCAAGAAAGGAAUCAAGAUACUUGAAGAUCGUGCAUACAAGAAUCCAGAGUCCAGUAUCCUGCAUCUGUCUGACAGCCCAACGCAAUCCUACCAUGCUGCAAUGAGCAUGGAGUUGCCGAUUCCAGUCCAUCGCUUUCAUGUAGGAUUUGGCUUUGGCACUUCAAAUGGGUUUAUCAUGCAUGAGUUUGAAGAGUUCCUAGGAACACUCAUAGGUGGCAUCGUUAGAGAAGUCCAGUUGAGAAUCAGAAUAGGGGAGGAGGCAAGCAGUAGGAUCGUAAGGAUAGGAGAGCUAAGAGGAGGUGAAGAAAGGAAAAUCUUGGUGGAAUUGGGUGUGUGUGGACAUAUCUUUGUGGGAUAUAGUUAUAUUGAGGAGGGUGAGAUUGACGAACCUUUCACAACAGGAGAAACUGUGGUGAGCAUAGGAGACAGCAAAAGUAAGGCAACAGAAGGAGCAGCUGCUGCUUCUGGGACGAACGAUGCAAUCAUUUGUGGGAGGUCUAGCAGUGCAAGUGUAGAAACUUGGGAUUACCAUGAUCCUUACAUGGCUAGAAGAUGGGCCAAGCAUUUGCAUGGCUACAGGCUCUGAAUCAAUCUAACAAAAGACAUUCACUGUCGGUGUUUA